UUUAGCUGUCCGCCUGUUCCCUUCAGGCGCAAAUAAACCUUCUCUCUCUCUCAUCACAAAACCAGAACUGCUCUGAUCACACUUCUUCUUCUUCUUCUCUCUUCACAUUCUUCUUUCUAACUGCACUCCGCAACGUCAACUCCCGAAAGAAACGAGGAAGGAAACUGAAUAAUGGAAGCCCCAGAAUUCUUUCAGGGAACCUGUAAUUACUCACAAUUUGCGUCUGAAAAACACCAUUCAUUUGAUUCUAAAACAGCCCCAGUUGGCGACCAUUUCAUCGUCGAGGAGCUUUUGGACUUCUCCAACGAAGACGCCGUCGUUUCUGACCCUAAUGCUUUCGAUAACGUCGCCGGAAAUUCUACCGAUUCUUCCACUGUCACAGUCGUUGAUUGCUGCAGCAACUCCUCUUCCUGUGACCCCGGCCUUUCCGCAGAUAUUACUUGCCAGAAUUUCGCUGAAACCCACUUCUCUAGCGACCUCUGCGUCCCCCCGUUAGAUGAUUUAGCUGAGCUCGAAUGGAUGUCGAAUAUUGUGGAGGAAACCUUCUCCUGUGAGGACCUGCAAAAGCUCCAACUUAUAUCAGGUGUAAAAGCUCGACCCGAUGAAUCUUCCGAAACCCGCCCGUUUCAGCCCGAAUCCGACCUAAGCAGCAACAACAACAACGAUAUUAUCUCCAGUCCCAACAAUCCCAUAUUCAACCCGGAAAUGGCGGUCCCAGGCAAGGCCCGAAGCAAGCGGUCUCGGGCGGCUCCGUGCGAUUGGACGUCUCGCCUUCUUGUUCUUAGCCAGAACUGUUCCUCGUCCGACGCCGAUAUCAUUUCCACGGGCCCAACACAACCUCCUCCGCCACAACAAACCGUUAAGAAGACGGUUAAAGCAACCGGGUCGAAGAAAAAAGACUACGGAGACGGUGGAGAAGGAAGCGGAGAAGGUCGGAGGUGUCUGCAUUGUGCAACGGAUAAGACGCCGCAGUGGCGGACGGGGCCUAUGGGGCCGAAGACGCUUUGCAAUGCCUGUGGAGUGAGAUACAAGUCGGGUCGAUUAGUACCCGAGUACCGGCCCGCUGCGAGCCCGACAUUCGUUCUCACAAAGCACUCGAAUUCCCACCGUAAGGUGCUUGAGCUCAGGCGUCAGAAAGAAAUGCUAAGGACCCAGCAGCAGCAGCAACAGCAACAGUUUAUGCAUCAUCAGAAUAUGAUGUUUGAUAUAUCCAACGGUGAUGAUUACUUGAUCCACCAACACGUUGGGCCCGAUUUCACGCAGCUCAUCUGAUGUAGUGGACGCUAGCGUAGGAGAAUUCUGCUGAGUUUUUUUUAAUUUUUUUCAAAGGUUAAUUUAGUUGCUUAAUAUUUCUAAUAUUUCCUAACUCAAUUUGAAUUUUGGUAGUCUCUUUGUCAAUUAAUGCUA